ACAUGUCCUCCGGUUGAAGAAAAAAAGCUAGCAAGGAAGCAAACUGUUAAAUGUUACUCACGAAGUUAAAAGGCGGAAAUGUCGCUACAAUCCAACAGUCAGACCGCUCAGUGUUACAGCCAUAGUUGCCGCUGAAGUAACUAUUAUCUGGAAAUUGUGAUUCCUUCAAAGGAAUGAGCGGUAGUUAUCAAGGAAGUCGCCCAGCUGGCUAGCGAAAAAGUAGCUAGCUAGGCUGCUAGCUGUCGUUAGCAAAGGGAGUUCUUUGUUUUGUUUUUCAGGUGGAAGUCCGUGUAAACAUGAAGAGAAACUAGUGUGGACAUUAGCUUUAACGUUUAUGUAGAAGUUUGAUAAUCAUGUUCAUGGUGUCUUUGGUAGUGGGUAGUUGAACUGCAAAUUAAUGGUUUCUUAGAUAUUAGACAAAAGUAACAUUAGCCACCGAGAGCAACUUUAGCAACAAAGAUCUGAUUUUAACGUCGGGCAGGACAGGACUGGAGACACGAAGAUAUGGGCAACUGUCUCAAGUCUCCGACAUCAGACGACAUCUCUCUGCUUCAUGACUCCCAGUCAGAUAGGGCGAGUUUCGGCGAUGGGACAGAUCCAGACCUGGAGCCACCUCCGCCGUACCAGGAGCAGGCUCACAUGCCCAUGUACCAUCCCACGCCUAGUCAGGCCCGUCUGGCCACCCAGCUGACGGAGGAGGAACAGAUCCGCAUAGCUCAGCGCAUCGGCCUCAUCCAGCACCUCCCUAAGGGUGUUUAUGAUGGAGGGCAAGACGGCUCAGAGAAGAAGAUCAGAGAAUGCGUGAUCUGUAUGCUGGACUUUGUAUACGGGGAUCCCAUCCGGUUCCUGCCGUGUAUGCACAUCUACCACAUGGACUGUAUAGACGACUGGCUGAUGAGAUCCUUCACCUGCCCCUCCUGCAUGGAGCCUGUGGAUGCUGCCCUGCUCUCUACCUAUGAGACCAACUGAUCUUUCACCCUCCAUUUCCCAAGCUUAGAUCAGCACAGCUCCUGCAGCCCCAAACACAAACACACAAACCCACACAUAAACCCAACAACUGCCCUCUUAUAGAGUGAGAGGAGCUGAAACAUGUGUUCUCUGUUUUCUUGCACUAGGAAAAAAAAAUCAAAAUUUACUCACCUAACGUUGGCCUUCUAUACCCCCCACGUCUAAAUAAGCUGGUCUUAAACAUCAGCUACACUACUCAGUAAGAAACUACUUCCAGACGACCCCUCAUGAUUGUGUUGGUGUAUGUUUGUCAUGCUGAAGCAGCGUUCAGUGUUGCUGCUGACGGUGAGCACAGGGGAUGUGUGGGGGUGUGUGCGUGAGCAGUUUGGGCUGUUUGAUGACUGUGUAUUUCCACUUGAGCCGGCCUCAGUGGUCUUUCUCCCUCAGCUGACCCCAGUUCACCUUCAUUCCCAGUUAGUCCUUAAUAUGGAUAAUUAGGUUGACACAUUAUUGACCAAAACGCAGUGAGGUGUUACUAGAAAAUUUAGUUUUCUGUGGCAACAGUAAGCAGAGACUUCCUCAACAUAUUGAUCUCCUAAACAUGCUCUCACAUUAAAAUGGCCCGGCAUUUUGGAGAUAUGGGAAUACACAGCUGAAGUUUACAGAAAUUGCUCUCCAGUUAGUCAGCAUUACAGAAAAAAAUAUGCACACACUUAUCAGAAAUCACCCAAAGUUUAUAAAUACACAGUGGAGAUCAAGGCUAGAUAAUAUUUGGCCAGUCCAAAUGGCCAGACUUUAAAGAAAAUGCUUUGAGCUGGAGGGAAAAUAUGUUGUGUAACGUGAGUGUUUCACUAGGCGGUGUGUAAAGUAGCUGACAGCCAAUAUAAAGGGCUCAUUUGUGCAUGGGCAGGUGGAUCAGUCGGUCAAAAAUUACAAAUGCUUGCACACACUUUUCAUCUGAUCCAGAGAUUUGCACUUUACUUAUAGGACAGUAUCUAAACAAUAUAUUAAUAUAUGUACCUUAUAACCUUGCACUAUCAAUACUUCAUUCCUUUUUUUUUUCCUCCUGAGAUGCAAAAGUUACAUAGCUGAUCAAGAUAUUUUCAAAGCUGUCAGUAGUCACUUAUCAUGUUGAAGUAAGCCUGAAGAUGUAUUUCAUGAAAUCUGUGAUUCAGUAGUGUGAGCCUCCACUUUGUUCUGCCUGAUUUUUGAUUCUUGUGUGUUUUGUGUGCAAGUGAAGGGACAGAGGCUUGCUUCAGUUUAAAGGAGACAUUUGACAUUUUGGGAAAUACUCUUUACCGCUUUCUUGUCAGGAGUUAAACGAGAAGAUUGAGAUCAUUCUAAAUUCUGUGUGUUAAGUCAGGAGGUCAUUAGCUUAGCUUAGGUUAGAACAGCUAGCCUGGCUCUGUCCACUAGCACCUCUAGUGUUCAUUAGUUAACAAGUUCUUCUAAUUUGUUUCACCUGUACAUAAAUGGGAGUUACAUGCUGGUGCAAUCUGUUGUUGAACAGCACUUAACACCCUGUAAAACCACAAGUUACUGAGCUUCAGAGGUGCCGGUAGGCAUAUUUUUGAGCUUCUGAGCCAUGCUAGUGGUUUCCCCCUGCUUAGUCUUUAUGCUAAGCUAAGCUAAUUGCCUUCCUCGUCGAGCGUCUUACUUAGUGUACAGACAUAGAGGAGGUUUCAAUCUUUUCAUCUCUUGGCACUGUAGUGAAUAAGCUUAUUUCCUAAAAUGUUGAACUGCUCCUUGAAGAAAGAAAAGAGGUGGUCUUGAAACUUUACUUUUAAAUCCACAUUAGUAUGAAGUCACCUUUAUUUUUUCUUUUCUUACACUAUAAUUGAUGCUUUUUGUUGCUUUAUUUCCAUUCACUGUAGCAGUAGUUCCAGUCAUUGGCUUCCUUUGAUUUGUGGCAUUGUUUGGUGAUAGUGUGCCUGAUUUUUUUUUUUUUUUUUUCUGUAGUUUAUCUUCUACCGUUACAUUAUUUGUCACAUUAGUGUGAAAUCCACUGUGUUUUUAGGACAGAAAGUAUAUAACUGUACACUGGUUUAAGCCUGACUGAGCAAACCUCUGUCCCAAAUGAAUUUCAGAGCGUGAGAGACUUCUUUUAGUUACAACUGAGAUACCAAGUUUUCCAUUGAGCUUUUCCUUUGCUGUGUUUUUCAUCUUAAGUUUAUUCUGAAGAUUAAUAUUUCCUGUAAUCUUGUUUUAUUUCUUUCUUUUUGGGAGGCUGAAAAGCCAUCAUGUAAAAAAAUAAACAUAAAAAAACA